AUGUCAUAACACUUAUUUUUAUAGAUAGAAAAUCUUGCAUUAACUGAAUCUAAUUUAAGGAAAAUUUGUGAAAAAUCUGUCAAAGUUUUUUACGAAAACAGUGUCUACGUUAGCCUAUAGAACGUCAAAUUAAAUGAUCAAUUACUUGAAAUCGUAUGUUCAUAUCUCCAAAAUGGAAGUUUCUUGACAUCAGUUGAACUUAAUUUAAGAGAAAAUAAAAUAGGAAGCCAAGGAGCUAAUACUGUGGCGUCUUUGAUUUCAAAACUUCCUUCAAUCAGAUCUAUAAAGAUAAAUUUCUGGUAGAAUCAAAUUGGAGAUAAAGGAUUAUAACUGUUUGCAGAAAAAGUAAUUUAAAGUUAGCAUCUAGAGCAAAUUAGCUUAAAUAUUGAAGAUAACUAAAUAUCAUCUGAAGGGUUGUAGAUUUUUUGUGAAACACUUUAAAAAAUGGAAUAACUCACAGCACUUGCUCUUUAUAUUAGGGGGAAUAAAGUAGAUCAAAGAGGAUUGGCUGGUGUUUCUAAAACUUUGAAAGGUUUUAAAAAAUUAAUUAAUUUAAAGCUGUCGUUGUGUGGGAUAAGUAUGAAUAAUCAAUGUUUGGAAGAAAUUUAUGCAAAUUUAAAUAACAAUAAGCUUGAGAAACUAUAUCUUGAUUUGCAAUAAUGUAAAAUCAAAGAUGGAUUGGGUAGUUUAGGAAAAUUACUCGCUAGUUCAGCUUAGUUACAUGAUUUAUAUCUAAAUUUAGAAAGAAAUGCAAUCGAAUAAAGUGAGAUUAUAGAUUUAUUUAAUCCUAUUUUGUCUAAUUAGAGUAAUCUUAGAACAAUUGAAAUCAAUUUAAAGGCUAAUAAAAUCGGAAAAGAAGGCUCAAUAGAGUUAUCAAAUACCAUUCGAAAAUUAAAUGCAACUCUCAAGUCAAUAAAUCUAGCAUUAACCAAAAUUGAAUGUGUAGAUAUGGUAAAUAUUAUCGAUUCGAUAAUGAAUAACAUGUAUUUGUAAUAGCUAUGUCUCAGUUUAAGGUCUUAAGAAAUAAGACUGGAAUUAAUUCAAGCUUUAGGUUAAGUUUUGUCUAAGCCGUCAACGUUAGCAAAUAUAAAAUUAGAUUUAAGAGGCUAGACAUAAUUAACAAGUGAAUUGUUUCAAGAAUGGAUUCCUUAUUUCAAAGACUUAAGACCCAAUUUAAAAUCACUGAAUCUAGAUUUUUCGUAGACUGAACUAUAAUAUGUGGAAAUAUUUGAGUUAGCCGAAUUAAUUUUAGAGCAGCAAAAUUUACAUACUUUUGUAUAUCAUCAUGAUUGUGGAUAUAUUCAAGAGGAAAUUAAAUAAUCAGCACUAAAGAAUAAAAACUUAAUUUACUUUGAGUUAACUAAUAAAGAAGAUGAUCUAUUAUUUUGA